UUCUCAUCGUGGAACUUGACGUGAACGGAUCGUUUCCAAGUUCGAAUCAACCAUGUCUGAAACUUUGCAGUUGAAAGGCACCCUUUUGGGGCACAAUGGCUGGGUCACCCAAAUUGCCACCAAUCCCAAAUACCCUGACAUGAUCUUGUCUUCAUCCAGAGACAAGACCUUGAUUGUGUGGAAGUUGACACGUGACGAGACACAAUACGGCGUACCGCAAAAACGUUUGUAUGGCCACUCUCACUUCAUCAGCGACGUGGUUUUGAGCAGCGAUGGUAACUACGCCCUGUCCGGUUCCUGGGACAAGACUCUCCGUCUCUGGGAUUUGGCCGCCGGCAAAACCACCAGACGCUUCGAGGACCACACAAAGGAUGUGUUGAGCGUCGCUUUUUCGGUUGACAACCGUCAAAUCGUCUCAGGAUCAAGAGACAAGACUAUCAAACUGUGGAACACCUUGGCCGAGUGCAAGUACACCAUCCAGGAUGAUGGACACUCUGACUGGGUUUCAUGUGUGAGAUUCUCGCCAAACCACGCCAAUCCGAUUAUUGUAUCGGCCGGCUGGGACCGCAUGGUGAAGGUAUGGAACCUGACCAACUGCAGACUAAAGAUCAACCAUUCCGGCCACACUGGCUACCUGAACACAGUGACUGUGUCUCCUGAUGGUAGCUUGUGCGCUAGCGGUGGCAAAGACUGCAAAGCUAUGUUGUGGGACUUGAAUGAUGGCAAACAUCUGCACACGUUGGACCACAACGAUAUCAUCACCGCCUUGUGCUUCUCUCCCAACAGGUAUUGGUUGUGUGCCGCCUUCGGACCAUCAAUCAAAAUCUGGGACUUGGAAAGCAAGGAAAUGGUUGAAGAAUUGAAACCAGAAGUUGUCUCUCAGAACAGCAAGGCUGAGCCUCCUCAAUGUUUGUCUUUGGCUUGGUCCACUGAUGGACAAACUUUGUUCGCUGGAUAUUCCGACAACACCAUCAGGGUGUGGCAAGUCAGCGUGUCCGCCCAUUAAGUUUUUAAUGUUUUUUAACAUAUGACAUGUAUGUUUAAGUACAAAAAUAAAACCAGUCUUUUUGGAAAAUAA